AUGUUAUCAUCAAAUAGAAGUGAAAACGAUGAUCAAGAUUUCGAAGAUAGUUUCGUAUAUGAAGAAGAUGAUGAUAAAGAAGAAGAAGAUACACCUAAAUUAAGUUUUGGUGCAAAUUUUUUGGCAAAACAUGGGCAUAUUGAAGGUCAAGGAUUAGGUAAAGAACAAGAUGGUAGAAAUGAUUUAAUUAAAGUUGAUAGAUUUCAAAGUACAAAAGGACUUGCAUUUGCAGAGAAAGAUUUACCAGAAUUUUAUAGACAAACUGAACAUAUAUUAGAGGAUGAGGAUCUUGGUUUUCCAUCAAAACAAAUAUUUGAAUGGAUAAAUUGUAAUAGUGAAUGUUAUAAUCCAUGGGAAGGAUUUUCAGUUGAUCAUACCCUUGUUAAAUUUGUUGGUUCAAUCUUUAUUAAUAGAUCUGCUGUUAAAAUGGCAAAUAUUGAUAAAUUGGCUGAUUUAUUAACACCAAUUAUACCUGUACUUGGUAAACCAAGAGAUUUUAUUUAUUUUGGUAAUGUUUUUGCAGGACCUGUUGGAUUUACAGAAUAUGUUUAUUGGAAGAAAACUAGAGGUAAAAUUAAGGGUGAAGAAGGUUUAGAUUUAGAUGAUGUUGUAAAAGGAUUUGGAUUUACAAUUAAAGGGCAAUGUGAUUGGAAUGUUGAGAAAUUUUCAAAACAAAUUCCAAUUGAUAACUUUUUGAAAGAGUAUGGUUUAGAUGAUACAGGUAACAUUUUAAAGAGUGAAAAUAUUAUAGAUUUCUCAAAUAAAGUUUUCUGUAAUACCAAUGGAUUGGGCUUAAAAAAUUAUUAUUAUUAUUAUUACUAUUACACAUAUUAUAUUAUAUUAUAUUAUAUUAUUUUAUUUUAUUUUAUUUUAUUUAUUGUAUUAUUGUUAUUCUAUAUUCAUCUUUUUAUGUGUAUAUGA